CUCAGUGAAUAGAUUGUCGAAGAAUGCUCCACGCGGCACCAUGCGCUGGAUCAGGGAUGAUAAUCUUCUGUUUAUUGAGUGGAAAGACUCACAGGAAGUGCAGAUGUGCUCCACCUUCCAUAAAGCUUAUGAAGGUAAUACUGUGCAGAGAAAGGUGAAAGGUGAUGCACUUCGGACCCUUAAGGAGGUUCCCAUUCCAGCUGUGGUGCUGGACUACAACAGGAAUGUGGGGACAGUGGAUCCAUCCAGUUUCAUCACUGGACAUUACAGAGUUCUACAUAAACCAAACAAGUGGUAUCAGUGUGUUUUUUAUCACCUUUUGGACAUUGCCGUAGAGAAUGCGUUCAUUUUGCAUGAACUGGCGGCCAAGAGAAAAAAACAAAAAACUCUGACACGGAAGACAUUCUUUGAGACGCUUGUUUUAGAGCUUACAGAAAUGGAUGCUGAGAACAGGUUUGAAUCUGCAUCAGUUUCCUCGGCUCCCAUCUCGUCUUCUCCUUCCGCUCCUGUUUCAGCUCCUCCCUCAUCUCCCGAAUCAUCACUUCCUGAAGGAACCCACAGGCCCAAGCACUUCAAGCCGGACAGUGCUCUCGGUAGGCGCAAGUGCAAGCUCUGCCACCUGAAAACUCCAGUCAUGUGUGUGACUUGUGAAGUGCCAUUGUGCUUUCAACCCAAGCGUGACUGUUUUAAUCAGUGGCAUGAAUAUAAGGUUUUUAUUCAUGAUGGGUUCAAAUUUGAAUAUACGUAAAUAUGUUUGGUUUACCCUGCUUCAUUUCCUGACACUCAUUUGAAUAUUUAAGUAAAAGUUUUGUUCUAAAAUGGAAACAAGCAUGGGUAGUAUUUCUAAUAUCAUCUGCUUUUACAGUCAGUGCUGCUAACGCGUCUACUUUUGCCACAGAAUAUGUGGAACAAUCAAUGGAGGACAUGAAGGUCUUGUGGAAUUAUGUCAAUGUCAGUGCUGCACUACCUUUCAAACGUUUGGGGCUGAUCAUUUUUCACAGAGGCAGCAUUUAUUUGAUUAAAAAAUACUGUAA